CUGCUUAUGUUGAAAUUAGGUAUUCAGCAUUCUCGAUUAGCCUACUUUGUUGCUCUUGUUAGAUGAAGUUUAAAAAAUAUGAGUAGAGACUGUGGAUUAUAUUACGUCAAUUAAAAGGGAAGAAUUUUAAGUGAAGAAGAAGCAAACGAAGCAGGAGAAUAAAAAAGAAGAUGAAGAGCCUAUUCUUGACACGUGCUGAGAAAAUAACAAAGUCGCAAACCGCAACUAGUCAGCUGACAAACGACAUUUCUGAGACCGUGCACUUCUUCAUUAACGCCCAUUAGUGCAACGUACUCAAUUGACCGGGUUAACGUGUCAUUACCUGCCGCAGCAUCACAGAUUAAGCUAAAUAUGAGUGGCCCUCCGGCUACAACAUACCAAACCAGCCUCUUAACCUGACUAACAACAAAGCAGUUGGUCUAGUUUGGCAGUUGAUAGUUACAUUUGUUUGUUUGUUAGUUUUGACUCACUCGGCGCACUUCUCCAACUGACCACAAGAUGGCGACGUUACAAAAGCCAUGAGACGAACAAGGAGGUGGGAUUUCCUCCUCUCCUCCUCAACAUCUUCCUACUCCUCCUAGGGAUGUAUCGGCGUGCUGUGCACCUGUUUUGUCUGCUCUCUGGGUCGUCAUCCACCGCUGAAAUGUUCUGUUUUGAUCAUCAAUAGCUAUAAAAAAAAAGCAUUUAAACGAACUAUUCGGUGGUGUCAGGCAGGCCUCGACUCUGUCAUUUAGGCAGAGGAUGUGUUGAUUUUUUUUUUGUUCGGGGUGUAGCAGUGAGACAGCAUCUUUGCCCGGUGACACAUCAUUAUCAGCACGAGUGGACAAGCCCCGUAGGACAUCAUGUCGGAUAAAAGUGACCUAAAAGCUGAGCUGGAGCGCAAGAAGCAGCGCCUCGCCCAAAUCAGGCAGGAAAAAAAGAUAAAGGAGGAGGAGAGGAAGAAGAAAGAGACAGAGAGCCAGCAGAAGAGAGAGUCCAUCCCAGAGGAUUCUGACUUGGACCGUAAGCGUCGGGAGACUGAGGCCCUGCUUCAGAGUAUUGGCAUUUCACCCGAGCCUUCUCUAGUCCCGACUCCUGUGUCCCCCUCCAAAUCACUGAGCACCCCCAGUGAGACGGGAAGCCAGGAUUCAACUGAUGGAGGAGCAGCGGGCAGGUCAGGUUUCUCUAAAAACAAGUCCCAAGCACAGAUCUCAAGGACGCUGCAGUGGGACACAGACCCUUCUGUGCUGCAGCUGCAGGCUGAUUCAGAGCUCGGGCGCAGGAUGCAGAGGCUCGGCGCCUCUAAGAUCACACAGGUAGACUUCCUUCCCAAAGAGAUGGUCUCUUACUGCAAGGAGACGCAGACGCCUCUCAACUCCCACCUGUCUGAAGUAGAGGAGGAAGAGGAGGAUGAGGAGAUGAUGGAAGCGAAGCCAGGCCCCGAGUCGGAGCUGCAGGAUGAAGAUGACAACAGGGAAAACAAAGAAGGCUCCUUUCCAGUUCUGCGGGAGCUGACUGAGGAGGAGAGGCAGCAGAUCCUGCACUCUUCCGACUUUCAGAGUUUCUUCGACUGCAGCAUCCGGGUGAUGGAGAGAGCUCUGGCCGAAGACGGAAACAUCUUCUUCGACUACAGCGGCCGGGACCUGGAGGACAAGGAGGGAGACUUGGGUAGCGGCUCCAGUCUGUCCUUCAGUCGAGUCUUCUAUGAUGAACACUGGUCCAAACAUCGCGUGAUCACCUGCCUCGACUGGUCCCCUCAGUAUCCUGAGUUGCUGGUCGCCUCCUAUAACAAUAAUGAAGAUGCUCCUCAUGAACCGGAUGGUGUUGCUCUAGUAUGGAACAUGAAAUUCAAGAAGGCCACACCUGAGUACAUCUUUCACUGUCAGUCUCCUGUAGUAUCUGUGGGCUUUGCCAAGUUUCAUCCCAACCUUGUGGUGGGGGGGACUUACUCGGGACAGAUCGUCCUGUGGGACAACCGCAGUCACCGCCGGACCCCCGUCCAGAGGACUCCUCUGUCUGCCGCUGCUCAUACUCACCCAGUGUACUGUGUGAACGUGGUCGGUACCCAGAAUGCCAACAACCUGAUCACUGUGUCUACAGACGGCCGGAUGUGCUCCUGGAGUCUGGAUAUGCUCUCCCAGCCACAGGAGACCAUGGAACUGGUGUACAAUAAAUCCAAACCUGUGGCGGUGACAGGCAUGGCUUUCCCCACGGGAGACGUUAACAACUAUGUGGUCGGGAGUGAGGAGGGCACUGUGUACACUGCAUCGAGACACGGCAGCAAAGCGGGUAUCUGUGAGAUGUUCGAGGGCCACCAGGGGCCGGUGACGGGCGUCAGCUGCCACAGCGCAGUGGGCACCGUUGACUUCUCCCACCUCUUCAUCACAUCCUCUUUCGACUGGACCGUCAAACUCUGGAGCACCAAGCACAACAAGCCUUUGUACUCGUUUGAGGACAACGCAGACUACGUGUACGACGUCAUGUGGUCGCCCGUGCACCCCGCCAUGUUUGCCGCCGUGGAUGGCAUGGGCCGCUUAGACCUGUGGAACCUCAACAACGACACUGAGGUCCCCACUGCCAGUGUGAGCAUUGAGGGCGCCUCAGCCCUGAACAGAGUGCGCUGGUCGUCGGGGGGGAAGGAGGUGGCUGUGGGCGACUCAGAAGGCCGAGUCUGGAUCUACGAUACUGGAGAGCUGUCAGUGACUCACACCGAUGACUGGUCGCGCUUCGCCCGGACGCUGAUGGAGAUCCGGGCCAACCGGGCGGACGGCGAGGAGGAAGGGCCUAUGGAGCUGGCUUCAUAACCAAAGAGGGUGGAUCAGAGAGCAGAGGGUGCACUACGGAGCCAGAUGAUCGGGUUAGAGAGGUGUGUGCGGACUGAAGCCUGAGGUUCAUGUCACAAAGGUGUCUCCCCAACCUGGCUAUUUUAGCUCUUCCAGAGCAGGUUAUGUUCAGAGUUUAGGAGUGAAAUCUUUCGUAAAAAGCACUACCAUUUCCCUUAUCAACUGCUUAAGAAAUAGCCGUACCGUUCUUGCCAAAUUCUGUAAACCUAGGUGCCAGAAUUUGGAGGGAUUGAUUGUAGACGUGCUGGCUUUUCCCACAGAUAUUCUCUAUGAGCGACACAUAGAAUCUCAGCGGAGGGAAUAGGAUAUGAAUGUGAAUGUGUUGAGCUGUCUGCAGUAUUGCCCCUGAACUGAGCUGUGAAAUUAGCGUGGAAACUACAUGUUUUGUCGGUAUACAGUUGGUGACGCAGUAAAUCGGAGCAACAAUACAUUGUGUGUCUUAUACAGGUUGCUCUCUGAAAUUCUGCUUUGUUGUCGUGUUUUAUGGCAAAUGUCCUCACAUUCACUCUUAAAUAAGCCUCUUUUGGAAUUGCAGGCAGCUUACAUUUUUAGUUAACUUAAAUAUUAAUCAAUAUGAUGUUUACUUGCAUAUGAAUUCAGUAUAAUUCCUUCAGAGAAUUCCUUUGUGUGUUAAAUUGCACCCACACACCCGUCACUUCAGUUACUUAAUAGAAGUCUUUCCCAGCAUCGAUAGUGUGGUCUGUUAAAGCUGCCCCCUAAACACUACCUACAGAAAUUGGUAAGUCUAUGAGGAUUUAACAAGAGUUAAUCAAUAACAUGUAUUCAAAUUGGACAAAACUUCCAAAUAUUAUCAGAAAAUAUAUUUGAUUAUGCGACAAUGCUCAACCUAAAUGCAGUUCUUGAGUAAAAUGUGUGAUGCGACACAUUUAAGAGGUUGUUCAGUUGUCACAGGUUAGCAUUAGAAGUGCAAUGAGUGGUAAAAUGAAUAUAUUAACUUACAAAUUCACACAGUUAGGGAUGUUCUGCCAUCAUUCCUCUUUUGCCUUAUUUGCAGAUUAUGAGCAAACAAAUCUUCUUCAUAUCUUACCAUUUUAAUGACCUGUUCCUCUUAGCCGAGGCAGCAGGAGAUGGAUCCCCUUUGUGUGGAUUUAGGACUCAAAUGAAGCACUAAACAUCCAGCUGUAUAGGAGCGCUCACAGAACCUGAUGAAGAAAACCUGGGUUAACAAAGAUAACAUCGUCUUGGUAACCUUCUUUUCUGACUGGGGUUUUGUUGAGCCAGCUAAGGCUAAGAAAGCCUGGCUCUGUCACCCUUCGUAGUGCCGCCCUCUGCGAGCUUUAUCGGUGUCACUGUAGCAUGUCUCAAUCAGUUCUUUUAGUUGUGUACAUGUUGCUGUUUGGUCUGAACGAGGUAAACAGUAAACAGUCUGUCCUGUAAACAGUUCAUCUGUUGACCUCUUCUAUUCGCCGCACUUAUUUAUUUCCUUUCUGACUUGAGGUGAUUUGCUGCUUGCAACCUGCGCGCCUCCAGUAUAAAGUGGCAGUCUUAUAGCCUUAAGAUGUUCUGUGACGAUGCUUUGCACUACUGUAAGAAUAAAGCCGGGUCCAUAGACUAGUCAUGUAUUGUUUACAAAAUGUUUACUCUAUGUUGUGUUGUUUUUCUCUGUAUAACGCUUGCAUGCGACACAUUUCACAUAUUCCAGAAGCAUAAACGUGGAGUUGUUAUGUUGACGUUUCCACACGUGGCUGCUUUGCGUCAGAAACUGAAUCACGUGGCUGGUAUUGGUCUUUUGUUCUGAACUGGAGCAACAGCUGUUUAUUCUUUAAUGAACUUUUGAUUCUCGAGAGCUAUAUUGUGAUGCAGUGUGCUGUUAUGUUUACUAUUAAAGCUGAUGUACUGUU